GCAUAUUAAUUGCCCCCACCUCGCCUCCUGGUCUGAACAAAGCGCUGGAUGUAAGUGGGAGAGGUGGUUACAGAAAGGCGUGAGUAAAACAGUGCGAACUUUCGUUCUGUCUCGACGGCUCCAACUUUGUGUUUGGAAAUCAAAAGGAAGUCCAGGCGGAUCCAUGAGACGCCUUGAUAUUUAAAGAGAAGUUGAGGCGAACGUGACACAUUAUUCCCCAAAGCCUAGAGGCGUUCCAUUGUGGCAAUAUAAGUCACGUUUGUUUCCAUGUUGUUAUAAACACUCGCCGGUUCAAAUACGGAAGUCAGAAUAUAGGUGUAACAUUACGUUUGAGCCCGGAGCAAUGCCGUGGAUUUGAUUUUUGCAGAGUCUUGUUUGUCGAUCGCAGGCUGUGGUUGAAGAGGCGCUGUGGUUAGUGGAAGCCGUUCACGUCACUCUAGUGCUGGAGUUCUGCUCGUUUACCCGCCUGUGGGGCUGAGCCACACUCUGACAGAGAGAGAGAGAGAGAGAGGCAGGCAGACGGAGGAACCACAGCAGCUUCAGCACCAAGCCAGGAAGUCACCCUGCCCGUUCGGCAUCGCUCCCCGUGCAGCAAGGCAGGACAGUGCUGAGCUCCGGUAACAUGACUGACAACUUUUCGGCAUCAUCACCAGCCUCGGAAACACGACCGGAGCGGCCGGGGGUUCCGCACAAGUGAGGAGUGAGGGCGAUAAUCCUUCCGCUGAACCCAUGCGCUGGAACCGGGAAGUCCAUGCGGCUCCAGGGUUUGCUCGAAGAUGAAGUUUGGAAGCGGCCCCUUGAUCCUGAAUGUUGGGGGAACCCGAUAUUCAUUCCCGAAGGACGUGAUCAAGGACUUUCCCCUCAGAAGGGUUAGCAGACUUCACAACUGUGUCUCGGAGAAAGAGGUUCUGGAAGUGUGUGAUGACUACGAUCAGGAGAGAAAUGAGUAUUUUUUUGACAGGCACUCCGAGGCGUUCGGCUUCAUCAUGCUUUACGUUAAGUACGGCAAGCUCCGGUUUGUUCCUCACAUGUGCGAGCUGUCCUUUUACAAUGAGCUCAUUUAUUGGGGUCUGGACCGCUCGCACCUCGAAUACUGCUGCCAAAGGCGACUGGAUGACAGAAUGUCCGACACCUACACCUUCUACUCAGAGGAGGAGGAAGAGCUGAAAAGGCAAAGGAGAAAGGAGUUAAAAAAGAGCUCCCCAUCUAAUAGGAAGUGGCUGGACAGGAUGAGGAGGACUUUUGAGGAGCCCACCUCGUCUGUAGCGGCCCAGAUUCUGGCAACGGUGUCGGUGGUAUUUGUUAUCGUUUCCAUGGUGGUACUGUGCGCCAGCACGCUGCCAGACUGGAAAACAGCCGAGAACAACAGUGUGGAGGAGCACAGGUACACAGAACAUUUAAUGGGACCAUCAGGGAUAAUCGAAGCGAUCUGCAUGGGUUGGUUCACAGCCGAGUGCAUCGUGAGGUUUCUCGUGUCGAAAAACAAGUGCGACUUUGUGAGAAAGCCUCUGAACAUUAUAGACCUGCUGGCCAUCACGCCGUACUAUAUUUCGGUGCUAAUGUCCUUCUUCACCGGCGAGAACUCGCAGUUACAGCGGGCUGGGGUGACCCUCAGGGUCCUGAGGAUGAUGAGGAUUUUCUGGGUGAUCAAACUUGCUCGUCACUUCAUUGGCCUGCAGACGCUGGGCUUGACUCUGAAACGUUGCUACCGGGAGAUGGUCAUGCUCUUGGUGUUUAUCUGCGUCGCCAUGGCGAUAUUUGGCGCCCUCGCCCAGUUGCUGGAAAGCGGACUCGACCUGGAGGACAAGAAUCCAGCCUAUGCCAGUAUCCCGGCCUCCUGCUGGUGGGUGAUCAUCUCCAUGACCACUGUGGGAUAUGGGGACAUGUAUCCCUUCACCAUCCCCGGCAGGAUCCUGGGAGGGAUGUGUGUGGUCAGCGGCAUCGUCCUGUUAGCGCUGCCUAUCACCUUCAUCUACCACAGCUUCGUGCACUGUUACCAUGAGCUUAAAUUCAGGUCAGCUCGCUGUGGCAGGAGUUUAUCACUAGAAUAUCUGAACUGAGAGGGAGGUGAAGUGAGUGCGGAGAGGCUCGUGUGAGCAUUAAGGGGCGAUAUACAGCAGCUAGGCCUAAUGUUGUGGCCAUUGCAACUGUGUGGAGAUGCCUGGGAAUCCAGAGGCUGAGCAUGAAGACAACGCGCAGAUUGAUACAUUUGUGGCUGGAAAACCUGAUUUGGUGCCGCGGGCAAUUGGCAUACUGGACUACAAAUGCUCUCGGAUCAAAUUUCAAGGCUUUACCCGCGAUCGAAUGCCAACUCGACAAAGACCUGAAGCUGUUCACAUCUGUUCGUCAAAAUGGAAAUAAGAACAUUCUCAGACCUGAGAAAUGGGUAAACAUCUUGAUUAUUUACAAGAUAACAUGUGGCUCGAAGGUCACGAAAUAACUUCUAAACACAGGUGAACUUGCUGAAGUGAAAGGGAAUGAGAGGAAUGAAGGGAGACUUUUGUUCAUUUGCCGAUCAUCACCAGAUACAGAAUAAUAGUUCUCAUUUGACUCUUGGUGCAGUCAGAAAACUCACCAUCUUAACUGAAAGUUCGGCCAUUACAAUGUUUGCAUUAAAACCAAUUUCAACCAAUAAAGGUCAAAUCAUAUGCACUCACGCCUCUGGUUAGGCUGUCGAAUGUACCUGGAACAGUCUGAGUGGAACUCAAUGGAAAAAUAAUGGAAGAAGGCUGCUCAUUUCGAGGGUACCUUUACCAGCCCGCCCAUAGCUGCUUUGCUGUUAAACUUGGCGACAGAGGACAAACAGUAGAUUAGUUUUAGGGGUAAGCUUCAGCAAAUUUAAAAAAAAAACGCUUCAUUUUCGGGUAUAACGCGAGCAGUGUUAGCUAUCUCAAAGAUUAGGGGCAAGAGAACGUGCUUAUGCAGUGGGAAUAAUCUCUUCCUAGUUCUUGUCAAGUAUUUCUAACAAAUUACUCCACAAUGGGAACCAAAUCUAAGUCUUCUUUUCGGAAGAAGCUUCUAGUCUUGAGCUAGGCAAGAGCUGAGUCGCAUACAUUAACCUGAUAUUUAGAGGUUUGAGAUAAGAAACAAAAUGAUUAUCUUUGGCACACGUGUGCUCAAUGCAGGGCCAGCACAUUGGGAAUUUAUUAUUUCCCGUCGUUUCUGGUCCUCCUAGAUUAGGUGCCGUACGAGUUCCAGGCCAUGCCGAGCUUUCAUAUACUGUUAAUAUGUUGCUAAAUACCAGUGGCAGAAGAGUACAAUUCAGCAACUUUUGACUUUUUGUUUAAAUGUAGCACCCAUGUUAAGGCUAUCCCCAACUGUCCUUUAGACUAACAGGCUAGAUAUUCCAGUUAUUUCCUUGGGCAGUUUGGACAGCCACAAUAGUGUAGGUGUGGAGUCACAUGUAGGCAGACCAAUUAAGGAGAGUAAAUUUCAAUGCGUAAAGAAUUGACGAUGGUUUCAUGGUACCUUUACCGAGAUUCCCUUUAUAGUAUAUUUCAGAUAUAAUAAUUGAAUUCCGCCACUGCGAUGGUGGGAUUUGAACCCAUUUCCAUAGAACUUUGGCCUGGACUCCUGAUCCAGUGACAUUACCACUACCAUUGGUUUUAAGGGAUUAUUAAGUGGGCAUUUGUACCCACAAGUCCAGCUAAAAAAACAGUUUCAGAAACUGUAGGAAUGUCCCAACAUUCGGUUAGGUAGAAACUGUCACAUCAAACUGAGAUCAAACUCUUUUAGCAGGAGAUUGCAACAGAACCCAUCUCCACUCGGUAAACCAUGAAAGGGCUAAAUUCAAAGUGGAACAAGAGUAACUCCAGAAAAUCUGACUGUGUUUUUGUUUUGAGAUUGGUCGAGGAAGAAAAGUGAGAAUGUCUAGUUUCUUCUGGGCAGAUCUUUGGAUAAAAUAUUUCACACAAUCUUUGAAAAACAUGAAAGCCGUCGUAAAUCUAGUGUUGGAUGAAAACACAUCGGUCUCUCUGGAAUUGUGGAAAAGUCACCUCAUUUACACAAACCGCAGAUGGUGAAUGAGGCGAUCUGCUGAGAAUGAUCAUCUUUUCACCCAGUUCCCAAAAAACCCUGCCCAUUUGAAGCAGAUAGCAAGAUUGGAAAUGAAUUCGUCGAACGACCCUGUGUUAAAGAAUUAAGUGGGCAUCUGCACACAAGUCCAGCUAAACAAAAAGAGUAUCUUUGACGACUGUUGGCGGUUCUUUUUAAACGAUUCCAGCAGUUGCAGCUAACAAAAUACAAAUUAAGCAGUACCAACUCGAAAUGCUUCCCCGGGAAGUGUCAGCAUCUUAGCAGCCAGCUACUACCCAGUACUGAGACUCGUGUUUGCCCUCAUGAUGAUCGAAGCGCGGUAGAAGCGGUGAAGAUUUCAAUGGAGCAGAGGACGCCGUGGGCGAGUGGCUCCAGACUGGCCUGGGCAGCGAUGGAGGAUUCUCCUUGGAGUGUCAGAGGUCAGCUCAGCUCACAUUGGAAGGGAAUGCGGGAAGGGAGGAGAAAGCACCGGUAGAUUUCGGUCCCAUACGACGAGCUACGUCGUAAAUUCAAGUCCGUUUUUGACUCGUGAAAAGUCUUUGUUUAUUUUGGUCCUUAAUAUUCUGUUUUUCAGUGUAUACAGAAAAUUUAUUUUAAAAUAUUAAAACUGUUUGGUAUAAUGUGCCCGCAGCUUCUACUAAUUAGUUUGUAAUUUUAUAGCAGUUGUAUUUUCUAUAUGAGCUGGACACUCGCUUUUUUAUUUAAAAAUCAAAUGUGGAACAAUUAUGGACGAAAUAAACAGGACAGAAAAAAGAAGUUUCAAUGUUCGAUUAAAAACGCUGCAAAUCUAACUGAUUUAGGAUUGGCCGGUUCUUGAACUCUUAGUACUGAAUAUUUGUGGAGAUUUUGGA